ACUGUGUGGCUCUCUCGCAGUGACAAGAGUCUCUAUGUUUCUCUUCUAACCCAAGAACCCACAUUUCUUAAUAUGCUUGUUCUGCUUGAGUAACUCUAACCUGAAAUGCUGCCUCUGUUCUCUGUCUCUACUGAGCUGUUGUUGUUGGGUUUGGAAUUGGCUGAAUGAGCUUCCAUGCCUUCACUAGAGAUUGCUGUUGCCCAGCCUGUCUUCCAAAACCAUAUAUGUACACUCAGGGCUCAAACCCCUCUUCAUAGUAAAGUAAUUUCAAGUCCAUUCACCUUCGGAAUUGACAAGAAACUUUCCUCAUCGUGGAAAUCCUCGGACAUACCUAAAAGGUCGUACUUCAACUUGGGGAAUGCUAAGACCCCAAGGAGUAGACUAGUGAUCCAAGCAGUUGCUACUUUUGAAGCAAAAAGUCUCGUUCAUAAUGAGAAUGGACACAUGCGUGUCAAUAGUUCAGAGCUGGAUAAGGAUUCGAGUCCCUUUAAGCCAGAGUCUUCCAGUGAUGGGUCCUCAGAAAUGGAUGAUAAAGAGAAGUUAAGGCGAAUGAGAAUUUCUAAAGCAAAUAAAGGAAACACACCGUGGAAUAAAGGCAGAAAGCACAGUCCCGAAACCCUUCGGCUGAUCAGAGAAAGAACAAGGCUUGCGAUGCAGGAUCCUAAGGUCAAAAUGAAGUUGGUUAACCUUGGACAUGCUCAAACGAAGGAGACAAGAACAAAAAUUGGGAUUGGAGUCAGGAUGGGGUGGGAAAAACGGCGGCAGAAGCUAUCAUUGCAGGAAAGUUGCUGUUAUGAAUGGCAGAACUUAAUUGCCGAAGCCUCUAGACGAGGUUAUGACGGUGAGGAGGAAUUGCAAUGGGAUUCCUACACGAUCUUAGAUGGAAAGCUUACAGAGGAGUAUCUAGAGAGUAUUGAACAAAGGAAGACAAUGCGAAGGCCAAAAGGAAGCAAGAGAGCGCCCAAAUCUCUUGAGCAGAGAAGGAAGAUCUCACAAGCAAUCUCAGCAAAAUGGAAUGAUCCGGAGUACCGUGACCGGGUUUGCUCUGCCUUGUCAAAAUAUUACGAUGCAUCAUAUGGAGCUGAAAGGAAACCAAGAAAGAGGUCACCUAGUAAUACAGACUCCCCAAGAAGAAGCCCUACAAAGAAAAAGGAAAAGGUUUCUGCAGAAAAAGGGAUUUGGAGGAAUGAAAUUAAACCCCAGAAACUAAAGUCGAGGAGAAGUAAAGGACCCAUGUAUAAGGAUCCUCUGGCAAGUUCUAAGAUGGAGAUGAUAAAGAAUAUCAGAGCACAAAGAGCGGCUACUGAAACCAAGAAAACAGAAGCCAUAGAACGAGCCAGACUAUUGAUUGCUGAAGCUGAGAAGGCUGCCAUGGCUCUUGAGGCUUCUGCAACAAAGAGCCCUGUUGCUCGAGCUUCCCUCAUUGAAACUCGACAGCUUAUAGCUGAGGCAAUUCGGUCAAUUGAAUCUAUAGACACAAUGCAGAGCUCUUCACAUGAGAAUGAAGAGCCUUCUGGUGCAUCAAAUGAAGUGACUAGCCAGAGUGAGAAGGAAAACUGGUUUUGGGGUCCGACUGAAGCAGAUGAUGGAAAGGUAAAUGGCACUCCAACCUUUCCAUCCCAUGAGAAUGAAAAGCCUUCAGUCCUACCAGAUGAAGUGAUUAGCGAAGUUGAGAAGGAAACUGAGAUUUGGGGUUUGACUGAAGCAGAUAAUGGAAAGGUAAAUGGCACCCAGACCUUCUCCAUCAGUGAGAACAAAGACUCUUUAUUCGUAUCUGAUGAAGUGCUUGGCCAGAUAGAGAAGGAAACAUAUACAGGGUUUGGUAGUAUGACUGAAGCAUACAAUGGAAAAGUAAAUGGCAUCCCAUCCUUAUCGUCGAUUAAAGAUGAGGACCUUGGCUUUGACGAGUUCACCUUGCAGGAUUUGCUCAGUGAUGAAGAAGAGCUUUCCCUAAUGAGGUCCGACGCUGAUGCUUUGCCUCGGUUUAGUUUGAAGCAAUCUGAUUCAAGCAUUCAGUCAGAUGGAAGAGAAUCAAAUGAGAAGCAUGAAUGCAACAAGAAUCUUCAAUUCAAUGAGACCAAAGUUGAAUCCCAAGAAGAUGAAGCACCUUCAAUACCAGCUACUGUAACCAAAAAGUGGGUCCGAGGGAGACUAGUUGAAGUAGCAGAAGACGCUUAGGUACAGCAAAUUCAUGAAACAGUAAUGGUACUUUUCUCCUGAACAUUUUGAGUCCAUAAGGCCUGUCCCGAUCGCAUCUGCUACUAGCAAACAGCAGAGGAGUCUUUAUUCACACCGUAAGGUUGCCAACUGCUGUAUACACAUUGAGCUAAUACUUAUUUGUCGACCAUGAUUGUUUUCAUAUGAUACUGUAGUA